GGUAAGAGAGAAGGACGGGUACUCUGAAAACCAUAAAAUAUAUAUUAGUUUUGUGGAAAGUAAAAAAGUUUUAUAAUUUUCCAAAGUGAAAAAAGAACACAAAACAAACAAAAUGGAAAGUGUUAUACGUGAUUACUUACAUUUCUCAAAUUCCACGGAAGGCGACUUCGAGGGCUUUAACGGCUUUAUAGGAAGUAUUGCUCUGAAGCUAUGCAUGGGGAUUGACUAUAUGAUGAAUACGCAGGAGACACAUUAUGAUCAGAUGCUAGUGUUUGGAUUGACCUCAUGUGCCAUUGGUCUUUUAGGUAUCUUUAUAUUUUUCAUGAUGAGUGUGCAAAAGUACAAUACUUUAUUUUGCAAAACUGCUUGUAACAAAGAUCGAAAACCUGUAUGGGUAGAUGAAAAGGAGGAGGUCAAGCCACCACAAGUUGAGGAAGAGGUCAAGGCACCAAAGGUUAUGGAGAAUGUCAAGCAAUCACAAAUUGAGAAGUAUUUUCUGAAUGCUACUGAUACUGCACAUAGCCUAUUUCCCUAUCACAAUGGAAUGAAAGCUACAAAGCAAAAUCCCAGAAUGCAAAACCGUAGUGUUCAAGUAGUAAGGUCGCUACUAUCUAUGAGAAAAAGGAUAAAUAAAUAUAAAUACUUAAAGGACUCGGAAGCACCUCAAGACACAGAGAUGAAUAAGAAUGUAUACCCUCCCUUGAAUCAAACAAAUACUUCUCCAGAUCACAACGAAGUCUAAAUAUUUGUUUUAAUAUAUAUUUUUAAUAAGUCAAAUACUUUUAUAAGGAAAUGCACAUCAAGAGUCGAUCAAUGUGAUGUCCAUAGUAUAUCCAUCGACUCCACACUAUGAAAAUCCGUCGUCAUGAAAAAAUGUAGGGCCCAUUUUUGAGAUGUAUCAGUAGAUUUGGGGUAUUCCUUAAUAGCAAGAAGUCUAUCCAAAAUUGUUGAUGUAAUUUUUUUUCCUUUCGAAUUUUAUGAAUAUAACACUGUUACAAUGAAA